UGUGGAUUUGUCUGUGUUUGUGUCUGAGUGUGUGCUACGAUGGACUGUCGUCCUGUCCAGGGUGUACUCUGCUUUGAUCUCAAUGCUUGAAGGUAUAGGUUCUGGCUCCCUUGUGUCCCUGAAUUGGAUGAAGUAGUCACUGGAGGAAAUGGCAGGAUUUCUGCUCUUUUUACAGUAUGGGGAGAGACACUUUUACUGUAUCCUUAUCCAGUCCAUUCUUUACUGCCAAAACAUGCCUCAGUCCCGACUGCUCAUGAAUAUGAUUGUAGUCAGCAAGUUCUUCAGUAAAGAGCUCCGACUAAGUGAAAAAAUGGAAUGUGUAAAUUCUAGCAAAAAUGUGUGAGGAAGGGAUGCCUCUAAGUAAUGUCUCAAAAAGGAUAUCUCAAAAACCUAAUCCUGACCAGAGCCGGAAUCUCAAAAACCUAAUCCUGACCAGAGCCGGAACCACGAUCCUAACCCUAAUGACCGAUUUUCAUUAACAACAUCAUAAAUACAACUUUAUAAUCAAGACUCUAAAGAAUGAAAAUAUUUCUACCCUCUCAAUAAACAUUUCUUUAUUUGAAAUUCAUCUCAAGAAAGAUAUUGCUAUGCAAAAAUAAACCAUUUUAAACCUAUUAUCACUUGUUAUUACAAGUCAUUGAUUUGCAGUAAAAAUAAAAGUUAAUGUACGUUUUACAUACAAUUUAAAUGUUGUGCUGAUUGUGUUUGUCUACAUUUGCAAAACUAAAACAAGCAAUACAGUAACAAUUGAUGUGCUUUCUGCAGGUUUCUCCCUACAUCAGUCUUGACAGGAGUGGAAAAAUAAACAGAAAGAUUAGACGCAGAUUGCACGAGAGUAUAGCGUUGUGUUUACCGAGACAAAAAUAAUAUUGAUUUUGCAAGGAAUACAAACUGUAGCUACACUCACCAAGCAGUUCACACAGUAAAUCAAAAUAGUAAUAACUACUGUAGCACCAGCCCUUUUAAUGCAUUCUACAAUAAGAUGACUCUACCUAGCUCAUAAGAAAGCAAUAAGACACUUCAGCAACAUGUUUUAUCUCUACAAAGCAUCUGUAUAUUUUAAUGUAGGUCAUGGUUAAGUUGUAUAUGAGGCAUUUUGACAAAAAACACACAUAGAUUAGAAGGCCAACAUGCAAUUAUUUCUGAAAUGCCUUUGUUGCUUUCCAUUUAAUAUAUUUAUAUGGCUGUUACUCACUUUUUCGAAAGAAAAAGAUAAACAGUCGUGAUUACCUGUUAAAAUGGCAUACAUGGUAGCUAAGUAAACAAGCUUUAGAAUCAUAUUAAUUCCUCUGUUUGUUACGACAGAUUUAAUUUCUCCUUUUCAUGUGGAGAUGGGAAGCCUGAGCAGGGCACGGGGUUUUUCUGAUUUGAGACCACUCCUACUUCUUGCUAACCCUUCAGAGGAACCACUACAUAGUGUUCAAAGCAGCACAGAGCUCUAAAUGGAGUCCCUCCUGCCACUGGUUUGGGGAAUUUCUGCAGUGAGUGGACCGUUAUCACGAGUGUUUUACUUCAGCUACCAGGCAGCCUCUGCUCAGAGCUUGUUAAAUGAGAUCCAUGGAAAGAAUACCAAUGGCUAUAAGCACACAUCGGAACUCCCAGUGCCAUUCUGAUCUUGGGAAGAUACAGUUUCUGCAAACAACAAAGAUCUGAAGCAAUUUAGAGCUAACGGAAGCAUGAACAUAUCCAACAGCACAGAUGACAAACAUAAUACUGAAGAAACAAUGAAGACCUAUGUACACCUGCUGGCUUUUAUCUUCACCUUUGUUUUCAGCUAUUGCAUCAUGCGGACCAUCAGGAAAGAAGCAGCUCUGAGGAAUCAGGUCCGGUACAUUCUUCUCUGCCACCAUCUCAUCUGCGUUGUGGCUUUCUUUGGAGUAGGCAUUUUGUUCCAUGGCCUACGGAUGUUUAGGGUGGCUGUUCCCAGGAUUGUCUGCUGGAUUAUAUUUGACAUCCAGGUAACAUUAGGGAGGGGGAUCAUCUUGACUUUGACACUGAUGGCUCUCAACACAUGCUUGUCUGUCUGCGCUCCUCUGCGGUACCUGUCCAUCAUCCACUCUCUAAAGGGCAAAGUAAUUAUUAUUACUUGGAUAUUGGCAACACUCAACCCAGUCUGGUCCACAAUUCAAGCAAGUUGCACUGUGCAGCUGACCUACUUGACAGAAAGAGACCCCACAUGCCCAACUGCCCUUCAUGGGACAGACUCGCGGAUCGCUGCCAUAGUUUUCCUUUCUCUGCUUUCCCUGCUCAUCAUCUUCAGCUACUGCCUGAUCUACAGGGAGGGCAAAAGGGCUGGGCACUUCAGCAGGUCUAACAUCAGGGGGAGAAAAACCAUUCUCAUUCACAGCCUGCAAAUGAGUUUGCACAUCAUCCCUACCUUUAUCAUCCUAGCAACUGUGAGGAAACCCUUUGAGGUUAAAUUGCUCAGCUUUUUGGUGUUCUCUGUAGCGCAGGCCUUAAGUCCUAUUGUUUUUGGACUAAGAAGCAAGGAGCUUAAAAGUAAGCUUCCAGAGAUCAAACUGAGCUGUCGUUGGAUUUGUGGCCUUAAGAAUUGCAACAAAAUUAUGGACACAGAGGGAAAUCAGCCGUCAGUUUCAGUUCUAAAUGACUCUGAGUCCUAUGAGUGAAAAAUUAUAUUUCUUCAGUAUUUUUAAAAAACACAUAUUUAUUACUCUGUUAAUGAAAAACAGUAAAUUCCCAUUGAUGUCUUAUAUCUUAUUUUUGUUAAAUAUUGUUUUUUUUUACAGAAUUCCUGAUCAGUGCAUAUAAGUUAUAGGUUAUAUUUGGUGCAGGAUUGCACAUGAAAGCGCAUUUAAAACCGAGAUAAGGAGGAAUCUUUUUACUCAUUUUUUGGACCUGGGGUGUUAUUUGCACGGAGUUUGUAUGUUCUCUACAUGUUUGCACGGGUUUCCUCUGUCUGCUCAGGUUUUCUCCCACAGUCCAAAGACAUAAAGGUAGAUUGAUUGGCUUGUGGAAAAACUGGCCUUGGUGCGAGUGUGAGCAUGUUUGUGUCUGUGUGUGGCCAGCGAUGGAACAGCAGCCGAUCCAGACUGCAUCUUUCCUUGCACUUGUUGCCUGCUGGGAUAGACUCAUGCGGCCAUGUAUUGGAAGAAUGGGUUGGAAAAUGGAUGGAUGGAAAUUAUCCAAUCUUCUCUGCUGUCACCUGUUGGAUAUAGAUAUGACUGUGAACUCUGAAGAUGAAACUUAGGUAUUUAUUUAUUAUGUUCUCACAUUUUUCUCAUGGGUGUCAAUAUUCACAAGGAAUAACAUGUUUAGGAGAAAUGUAUUGAGGUGUUCAGCCAUAAGAGGCUUUGGUUUUAACCUGCUUGUUUGAGGGCCGGUCUCCUGGCUGUAGGACGAAGAAGUCAGGCCCUCGCACAGAGAGAGAAAUUCAGCCAGGCUCAUCUGGUGGUAUUAACAUUUGUUAGGAAGUGACGUCAAAGAGAGUCAGAGUAAUGGCUGUCAUUCCUUUCAAAAAACUUUCAUUGAAAAUUCCUUUAAAUCUUUUUUUUUAAAGAAAGUAUAUGAAGCUUGAAAAACUGUCAGUAAUCAUCCACAGUACAGGGGCAGGUGAUCCAAAGCGUUGAGUAGGUUUGGGAGAUGAAAUGCAAAUGUCACUCAAUUCUUUCCAAGUGUUCCUCCAGAUUUCUAUAGGAACAUGAUGAGCUUUGACCUGCUGUGACUACAGUAUAAGAACAAAACUAUAAGCCGUGAUUAAACAGUUAAUGUCUUUAAAUGCUUAACCAAUCACUCAGCACAAGACAUUAAUCUCCUCGGAUGUAUUAAACAUAAAUGAAAUUCAGCAGCAUUCUGGAAAUUAUAAAAAGUCUGCUUUAAAUAAAAAUAACACAUUCUUAAUUA